AUGAAGCACUUUACGCGGGCUCUCUUUGCCUGGUCUCUUGCAUCUAUGGCCCAUGCAGCAAUCCAAGAUCCUAACCAUUGUCUCGCAAACCUCGAUGAUGCUUCUACGGCUCGAGUAUCGGAGGUAGUUGUCUGGGUUGAUGAAAAUGGAGAUCCAAUUCAUACGGAAACGAACCAUGUCCCAGCCGUCACAUCUACGACCCAGAAGACUUCCUUUGAGACCUUACCUAUUCCGCAACCUACAUCAUCAACGACCAGCGAUUCAACCCACGCUCUCUUGACACAAACAAAACCGCAAGAUGAAAGCAAAUCAACUAAUGACGCUGAAUCUCCAAAAAGACUACAAGAUAAAACAGCUACUGACGAAGCUCACCAUCAAAAUCAUGGCUCCCAGCACCCUUCAACUCACAAAGACCGCCGCCAAUUCGGCAUCUCAUACUCCCCAUACGCCGCUGACCGAAGCUGCAAGAACCAAGACCAAAUCAGCAAGGAUCUUGACGCUCUCUCCACACACAACCUCAUCAGAAUCUACGGCACAGACUGCGAUCAAACCCGACUCGUCGCGACCGCAGCCCGGCAGCACAAAAUUCUCGAUGCAUUCAGAGAAGCUGCAACCGACGACUCGGGUAAAACAGACUGGUCAGUCUACCAUACCAUCGCCAUCGGAAACGAACUGGUAAACGGUGGCCAUAACGCUCCUGGAGAGGUAACUGGCGCCGUUACACAAGCGCGCUCUUAUCUUCGUGCACAGGGGUACGACGGUCCCGUUGUGACGGUGGACACAUUCUCCGUUCUUCUCCAGCAUCCAGAGCUAUGUCGAGUAUCGGAUUACUGUGCGGCGAACUGUCAUGCUUUCUUCGAUGCUACGCAGCAACCACAUGAUGCGGGUGCUUAUGCGCUGGAACAGAUGCAUAGUGUUUCUGCUGCGGCCGGUGGUAAACGAACUAUGAUUACGGAGUCUGGGUGGCCGCAUGCUGGACAGGCUAAUGGGGCUGCUAUUCCAUCACCGGAGAAUCAACGUGUUGCUGUGGAGAGUCUGAGGAAGAGCUUUGCGCAUCAGCCGGAUGAUUUGGUGCUCUUUACGGCAUUUGAUGAUUUGUGGAAGGAUGAUAAUCGGUACACGUUUAACGCGGAGCGGUUUUGGGGCAUCUAUGAUCGGUAG